UGAAUCGCGAGUGGAUGGCGUGGUGCACACGGAAAAGUGCAACGAUCUACGUGACCGCCGACCUGCGCGCAGAGUCGACACUCGUAUGACACGGCACGUUCGAAAUUAUCAUUUCGCUCUUCCUGAAGACAGUGCGUUCCCUCUUCGGUCGGAACCACGCUCGAGCUCGGGAGAAUUAAAAAUAGUCUUGGUCACGGGUAAAAAUUCCUCUGGAAUCUUUGGUAUUCCGUUGAAUUGUGUUUGCGCGUGCGGUACGAAACUGCUAGACUGCGGGGUCUCAGCGAUUAACCUUUCGAUAAAUGGUAGGAAAGGUCUGUGGGCUGAUUCAAUUUCAUGAUCAAUUUUUUUUUUUUUUUUUUUUUUUGUAAUAUCAAGUAUGUGUAAAAAUUCAUCCAGCUUCGGGAUGGUAAGUAUAGUACCGAGGAAGAAAUGAAAAUAUUCGAAAAUAGGACGGUCGUGGCAUGCGCGAACGCGCCACCACAGAAACUAUUCUGCUGUAGCGUAUACGGGCUCUACAGCGAACGUAUCGAAAGUCCGAUGUUAAAAAGCUAGAAGGCACUCCUAAGAGCAUAACUGUAAUUACGAUUUGUGUAAUUUAAGAUCGACACUCGACUUAGCGUCGAUGAUAACGAUUUGAGACGAGUGUGCAUCGUCGAUAGCUUUCCUGGCAGACUCGCCAAAUGGGAGAGCCUUGGGCUUUCGAUGCGCAGAGAGAUCGUUAACCUGGCCCUUGUCCAAGCACUUAUAUCGCGAAAGUGGUCGAGACGUCAGACUUUCCUGAAUGACGUCGCCGUAGGUUCCGUUAACGAUCAUCCUCGGUAACAGUGACGCACGAAUUCCGGCGAAACGACUUCGAAACGUUUGCAGGAAUUUCGCCUAACUCUCGCGACGGCCAACCACGUGCCUCGUAAUUUCGAGUAGGGGAGGGGGGGCAAUGUUUUUCUUUCGACAUUCACGCGUAACCAUUAGGACGCGUCUGUUUCGCGAACAACAUUAUCAGUGACAAUAACAGAGAAUUAUCGAGAAGAAACGGCAGUGUGUUAAUAAUAUUCCAAAUUCGUGGAGCUCCUGCGAGUUGGUAAAUAUCCGUUUAGAAUUUAAUAUUCUACCGAUUCGUCGAUCGACGGUGCAAAUACAAGUUAGUAUUUUCGCUUCCUUGUUAACGCUUAUCGAAGCUCGAACGUGAGAUCUAGACGUUAGACUGCAAUUGGCCGGUAACUCGAUUCGAGGUUUACUUUGCGUAACGUUUAUCAUUUCCAAGUAAGUAUUCGUGACUCGAAGAACAUCUUAUCUCGGUGCUCUGUACUCCGAAAUUAGCCACGGAUACGUUUUGAUAGCUUAGCUAUUUCUAACGUGUUUUGACUACGGGGGGUGCGACCAAUACGCUUAUUUUUAGGGAACGCCGAUGUUACCAACCCUUUGAGUACAUUUCGAUAGCGAUACUGUCCCUUUGUUACAUACAGAAUCGUUUGUACUAUUCGCUGGAAAGCAAAGUUCAAUUGUACUCUUAUUCGUAAAAGCGACAUGAACAAAACGGAGCUGAAGAUCGUUCUGAGCACGGAGCCGACGAGAACGACCACGGGCGUAAUUCACUCGCACAUCCCAGUGCCGAGGGUAACGAACGCGAUCAAAGCACAGGAAAGAUGUCCCCCGGCUCGCAGAGGAUCCUUCGAAAAGCUGUCCAGGGGCGUGUCGGUGGCCGCUCAAAAGGCGUCCUUCGAGAAGCUCGACGCUUCCGUUCAGCUGCGUCCGAAGAACAACAAUUUAUCGGCGUCGAGCAUCGAGAUGCGAAACACCGAGGAGAAGAUGACCUCGCCGGUGUUUGCUAACUGGAGGACGAACGAGACGACCGGCGGCGUCGGCGUCGCUAAACUGAACCGGAGCAAUAGUCUCGAGAGCAAGUGGAAGAACAAAUACGAGGAGUCUGAGAAGAGACGGAAAUUGUUGCUGCAGAAGAGCGAGGCCGCGAACAAGGACCAUGUCGACCUGGAGAGAAAGUACCAACAUUUACAGAAACAAAAUAGCGCUUUGCAAUCACAAGUUCAGGAGAACGAACAGAAGCUUCAAAAAAUGCGGACAGUUUCCGAGGCUGUGUGCAAAGAAUACGAGCAACUGAAGCAUCAAUACGAUGUGGAAACAGGUGCGAUGCAUAAAGCGAUGCAACAGGCGUCACAGUGGUACAGACAGAACCGUGAACUUAAAAGAAGAUCGCAGAUUAUAACGCAAAAGUUCUUGCAAAAUAAUCACGACGGUUCGUUGGAUAUCGACGUGUCGGACGAGGUCGACUCGAAUUUCGAAGAUCUCGAUCAGCUCAGGGAAACGGUGAAAGGUAAAUUCGUGAUUUUAUUUCUAUUUCAUCGCGCCGCGAUAAAGAUUAAUCGCGAAAACGUACGAUUUUCAGAACUGAGCAAAGAGAUAGCGAGGCUUCAAACAGAGUUACACUCCGCACGACUUCAAGAAUUCGAGGCCCAGGAGCAAGUGACGCAUUUGACCACACAGUUGGAGGAGGAAAAAUCUCUCAGGCAAAAAUGCGAGGAGAAAGUAAACGAAAUGAAGGUGCACAAAGAGAACAUGGAGAGAGUUACGAAGAUGGUCGCGGAGGAAGUGCAGUCGUUGAAGACGCAGUGCGAUCGAGAACGAGAAAACGCAAAAAUAAUGAAAAUCGAGGCGGAAAGGGUACAAAAAGAGAGGAACGUGCUGGCGCAUCAGAGCGCGCUCCUGAUGGCCGAAGUCGGCGACGACCCCAAUGGAAGAUUAUUGACAGUUCUUCAAGAAGUGGAAUCUCUAAAGAGACUAUUGGAGGAAGAGCAACAGAGCCACGCCUCUCAUAUACAAAUGCUAGAAGAAAAACUGGAAGAGAAAGAGUCAAACGUAGAAUUUGAGAUAGUCGAGGAGAAGUUGAAGUUAGCGGAAUCGGAAUUGGAGGUGGCAAUGCAGAGGGCUGAAAGAGCGGAAAAGUCGAUGGAAAGUCUGGAGAAUGUGAUUCAAAGUUUAAAGGCGAAAAUUGGAGAGCUGGAAGAGAAGCUUUCUAGGCCACCACCGCCACCUUUGCCUCCGCCACCGCCACCGCCAAUGUUCAACAACGGCGGUCCGUCGUCGAUCAAAUUGCUGACCAAAGAAAAAAUGAAUUCGGAACGCAAUGCCGUAACCGAUAUGGAGAACAUGCUUGGCAUCGCAAAGAAAACACCGACGGUUGCACAACAACCAGCUAUCGACGAUAUUAUUAACCAGAUAAAAGGUGGACGUUUCACGCUAAAGCAGACAGACAAACAAAGGGAGGAGGAAAGAAGAAGACGACAAGAAGCAGAAAGCGCACCACCAGCAGUUUCGGAAAUGUUAAACAUUUUAGGAACGAUGAGACGAAGAGCCAAACCGGUAAAGCAAUCUUUUCAAUCGACAUGAAAACAGUUACCGUUAGCAACGCGCAAAAUAUUUUUAAUAAAUAAAAUCUGAGGCACGCGCCACCUGAUUGACCAUUGUCGAUACAAACAGACUUGUUUUACGGAAAUGCUGUUCAAAGUAACGUUAUUUAUUUACCCGUAAAAUAAAUUUGUAUACCAUCGAAUUAACGUGCGAAACGUAUUUUUAUAUGUGUAAAGAAAAUGAAUAAAUGAUGGUUAAGGGAGAAGUGACUGACAACAUGUUGCGGUAAGCAUUACGAAUAAAGGUGUAUUAUAAAAAGCCGAUUACAUGUUAGUUCAGUCAUUACAUACAUUUUUAGGAAUACAAGACGAAUUUAUUGUUAGA